AUGGUUUUUUGUCGGGGAUUGAGCCACCAAUUGCGCUGGGUCGCUGGCGAUAUAGGCAUUAUUCAGUCGCGGAGCUAUGCUAGCCGCGCUAUGGCGCCGCGGAGGAUCGGAGGGGCCGUGAGCUUGAUUAAGUCAAAUUCGAGUGCACAGCACGGUAUCCUUUCGUCAUUGCGAGCGCAAUUGUCGCAGCGCGCGUUCUCCGUCACCGCGCAAGCUGCUCACGGUCAUAUUACACCACCCAAGCCAGGAGAGGAAAUCAACGUGACCUUCAUCGACAAGGAUGGCAUCAAGGUGGAGUUGCAGAUUGCCGAAGGAGAUAACCUUCUAGACAUUGCCCAAGCUAAUGACUUGGAGAUGGAGGGUGCCUGCGGUGGAUCCUGUGCUUGCUCGACGUGCCAUGUGAUUGUGGAGGAUUCGGACAUGUUUGAUAAGAUGGAGGAGCCCUCGGACGACGAGAACGAUAUGCUGGAUCUGGCGUUUGGGUUGACCGAGACCUCUCGGUUAGGCUGCCAGGUGUUGAUGACCAAAGCUAUGGAUGGUCUGGUGGUACGCUUGCCAUCUGUGACUCGGAAUCUUCAAGCUAGCGACUUCGAGGCGAAAUAA